AUGUACUCUCCAUACGCCGACGCUCGGCAGCCCAACCACAACCAAACAACCACUAGAACUAGAAUCCAUAUGCCGGAGGCAUACCGGGCUCAGCAAGUCUUGAGCCCGGUGCCCAUCCGUGCUGAGGUGCACCACAGAGCGUACGUCGGUGGCUCGAUGCCUGGCGCGCCUCUCCUCGACGAGCAUCGCUACAGUGUUCCACAGCGCCCAAGAAACCCACGUUCUGUGUUGAUGAUACCCGCGACACCCCCGCAUGCGCUUGCACCACCGCACGGCCACCCUCCGCUCGGCGGUCCUGUGGUCGACUACCACAACUUCGAACAUCUCGGCGCACCGUACAACCAGAUCCAAGGCUACUCGGACUUCGCCAACGCUUUCCCUAUGGGCGCGAUGCCUGGUGGUUCUGGCUAUCAUGGAGGCGCUGCAGGCCCCAGCUCCGCGAUGGCGGGGCCGUCUAACGGCCAACUGUCCAACGGUUAUCAGUACGCGCCUGUCCACCAGUAUCAGCAUGGGAAUACCUUCCAGUCGACGCACUCGAGCACUUACGACCAGAGUGGUGCCGUGGUUCAGAGCCGUCAGCUCACCGCUACCGGCCAAUACUACGGGGGUAUGUACGACCACACCGCAGGCAACUUGAACCAUCCGCCCGCAAUGGCGCCUCCCGACGCCCAUCCGUUCCCCCCUGCACAGCAAGCUAUGUAUCACGACUUGCUGGCUGCUCUUGAGGCGCCGGUCCCUGCGCCGAGCACUGGCGCGUUGCCAAGAGGCCCAAUGUUCCAGGCGGAGCUCGCGGCCGAGGUCCCCGGUGGUGCCGCUAACUUCGGUCAGGCGAUUGACACGGGCGACUUUCUGGUCGGUCUUGAGGAGUCGAUUGUUGAGGGAGCUGUACUCCAGGGCGCAUUAGCGGCACAGGUCAAUAUUGGAGAGGAGAAUGAGCGUGCAUUCGCCAUGAUAUGCGGGCUAUUGCCUGACGAAGGCUCGUUCCACCCAACUGAAGGUCCACUGGGUGACUCGUUGGUGGGCAUGCCGCAUGGCGUCGUGCGUACCAAUACACGCAAAACUACUCGCGGGCAUGUGCGCUCCCGUGCGCCAUACCCUCCAUCUCGGGUCGCCGCUCCUAGCACAGACCCGAGUGCAUCGAACUUUACAUCAAUCACCAACAUCGUCCUGGGAGGUAUCCAGGACAACAUCAACGACGGAGUACAGCCGUCGCACCACGGCGCGGCGCAGGCAGUGGCUGGACCGGCUACGAACCCAGCAGCGCCCGCGAACAAGGUAGCGGGAUGGAAGCUCGCACGCUCGUACUGGGGCCUCAAGGAGUUUCUCGACCACUUGACGCCUGCACAGCACGCCUAUAUGUGCGCCCGGGUUAAGGAGGACCUGAAGAGGAAGGGAGGAGGAUGGCCAUGCGGCUGGGUCGACAACGACGGUGCUCCCUGCACGGAGAAGACCAUUUUCCAGGACCAUAAGGGGCGCGACCGGCACAUUUACGAUGUCCACCACCACCACGAAGUACGCGUGGGCGACGAGACCUUCACACGGCCGCUCCCAGGCGUCGUCGAAGGUGGCCGAUACUGCCGCUUCUGCCCUGAGUACAUCUCGCGCCUUGACGGCGGGCACAACGCCCUGCGCCACGAAUGGUCGUGCAAUGGGAACCCGGACCGCGGUCCCGUGGGCUCAAAGUUCCCGGGGAAGAGAAAGGUGAAGAUCCUGCAGACAAUGCAGCGCUUGAGCACCUUUGACGAAGCUAUGCGUCUUAUGGCGGCUCGCAUGCGACGGAUAUGGGGGGAAGGCAGCUAG